ACUUGAACCCCGGGAAUCUUAGAAAUAACAAGCAAAAUGGCGGAAAAGCAUACGAUCUCUGUGAUCGGCCUCCUCAAAGAUGCGGAAUUUCACAUGGCAAAAGGGGCUGCGGAGCAACUUAGCCAAAGGAAACCCGAAGUCUUUACUGAACCUUACGUUCUUGGCUUGUUGGAGUGCGAUUGGGAUGCAUUUAUUCGCGACAAGAAGAAGGAAAUGGGAAAAGAAGUGUGGGGAUUUCAAGAAAAUGUCAUCGCCUUUCUGAAUGAAGAGUUAAUUGGGGGACAAGAGGAAUUUUCAAAAUGGGCAAUGGAUAACCAUGGAUACAGAUAUUUUAGGCCCCUUCCACUUUGGCAUGCGAUGGCUAAAAAAUCAUAUAAGGACUACCUCCUUGCCACAAAGCAUCAGUUUGUCUAUAUGGACAUAGCAGUGGGCCAUGAUAAGAUUGGAAGGUUGCUGAUUGAGUUGUUCUCUGAAAGGUUACCAAAGACAUGCAAAAACUUCCUUGAGCUUUGUUUGGGAAGUCGAACUGAGGCCGAACGGCAUGACCCUCCUUUGAAACUAUGGUACAAGAACUCCAUAUUUCACAGAAUAGUUCCCAAUGGAUGGAUUCAGGGUGGAGACAUUGAAGAAGGAAAAGGGAUUGGAGGGGAGUCCAUCUAUGGCCCCUUCUUUGAAGAUGAAGACUUUUCCAUACCGCACGCCAAGAGAGGUAUCGUGGGUAUGGCCAACAGGGGCCGGCAUACAAAUGGCUCUCAAUUCUUCAUCACGUUACAGCCUGCUCCUUGGAUGGACACCAAAUAUGUUGCUUUCGGACAAGUUAUAGAGGGCGCUCGAGUUCUUGAUGAACUGGAAAAACAGGAAACAUUUAAUGAAAGACCCAAGUCUCAGUGUGUCAUCUUGGACUGUGGAUUAUUCGAUGUGAAAGGCCUGUGGGAUACCCCCAGAUCUUAAUUUAUCGGCUGAACUUACAGCUAUCUUUAAAUCACUCUGUACGACUUGGCUGUGUGCGAAAGAGUGAUUGAAAUCUACGUAUCCACAUCAUCACCUUUUAUGAAGCAUAAAUUCAUGUCCGAAUACCUGCUUACCAAAUAUCUUUGAAAUCGAAUGACCAAGUUAUAUUGACUAUUGCUGGAUUACACAAUGGUAGUAACUUCUCUGUCACCUUGCUGUGCAAGUUUGUUUGAUCGUUAGAUAUGGAAGACUGUUUUAUUCUGCUCAUGUGCGAGUAUUUAUAGGAUUAGCUUGUUGUUAGCAUAGCGGAAUUAAAUGUCGAGUAGACAUCACACCGCAGUUACGUAGUUUGGCCAAUUAGCACAUGUGCAAAUCGCGCCGCCACAAGAAUAUUUUUUGAUGUUGAACGUACUUCUUCUACAAUUAUGAAAAGAGUUAUUUAUGAGGCAAAUGAACACCGAAUCUUGAGACAAAAUCUGAACUUCUCAGUAAUAUUUAGGUGAGUUAUCUAUUUCCGGAGCGUUUGCAAGAAAUUUCAAAAUACGAGUACACGGUAAAAAGAAGUCUAUUUUCGAUAAUAUGUAUAAUAUAGAAACCCUGGAGACUUCUACUGAUUGCAUUUAAAGUGCUUAAUAUAGAUGAAAUAAAGAUUUUAACGGAGUCUUUGUGUAA